AGCAGAUGCACUAGAUGCACAUUUAUGUCUUCAUUUAAAAGAGAACUGAAUAUCGAUCGAGUAUAUCUACUGCGAUUUGAAUGUGCUUCCUCAGUUGUGAACAACUGAAAGAUUUUAAUAGGCGUACAGUGCCUCCACAAGGUAAUGUUUCAUAAAUCACAAACAAAUCGCCGUGUUACACUUUAUUCUGGCGAUGAGAAGCACCGAGAACCUGUUAUGUUGAACAUUACAUAACUAGAUUAUCAAGGCCAGGGAUCAUCUUACUCGUGUACCGUGUAAUCCACGAGGAUAUGGCCUCCCCCACCGACAGCCAGACGGGCCGGGCUUUCAUCAAGUCUCAGGGAGACUUCUCGGUCCCAGAUUUUUGUCACAUAUUUCGGUACCAUCUCCCACAGGUUGUCUCGCUGAAAGAGGACCGGAAGUCGAAAGCGAAAGAUGUCCGGAAAAACAAGAUAUAUUUUGUUGGCAAGGUUUGCUGUGAAAAGAAAGUCACUGUCGAUUUGGUCAAGAAGAAAAAGUCACGUGGGACUGUGCUCCUACCCUUGUCCCACCCUGCCCGUGUCUGUCUGGCCGGGACUCAAAACGGUAAACUACAUGUAGCUAUAGAAGAAUCGCCUGCCAGUGAGUUCACAAUUGAACAAGUUCUGAACAACCAUACGUGUCCCUGUGACGUCAUCGUUGCUCCUCAUCGUCACUUCCGGUUACAGUUGAAAGGGAAGGAAGUUGUGACCAACGAUUAUGUUCUUAGAUUGCAAGGAAUAGUAGAUGAGUUUUAUCUGUUGGGAAACCCAGUAACUGAAAGUAGCAUAAGUGACGAGGAGGUGUUGGUGUUGACUGGUCCUCGUCUACAGCUGGUUACCGGGAUAACCGGAUAUCCGGGGGAGUGGUCGUCGUUCUUAAACCUUUUAUCCACAACUCUAAAGUCCCAAAGCAAAGAUAGACUCAGGUCUCUGGGUAAUUACCAGGAUAUCUCGCCAGAUUUAAAAGACGACGAUGAACAUCUGUACGAUGGUCUGGUAAAAACAAAAGGAAAGAAUUGUGUGUAUGAAUUGACUUGGGAGUCACACACUGGUGCUCCUCUGUUGAAUGCAGAAGGAGUAAACAAUUGUAAAACAGGUGCAGAAGACAAUACUUUUCUUGGGACUAAAAAUGAUUCAACGAAGCAAGUCUCUGGUGUUGGUGAUAUGACAAAAGACAAAUUUCAGAGAAAUGGGAAAGAAAACAAUAAAUCAAAUAUAAAAGGUGAAGAUUCUGCAAGUAGUAAAAUUGAAAAACAAACUAGGAAACCCCAUAGCAAGGCAAAAGCAACCGACAGAAACCACCUGUAUGAUGUUAUUUUGGAUCCAGAAACUCAGAAACCGGUUAUCCUUGGCCACAGAGACGUAAAUUCUUCCAAAGAUGGUCACACUGCACCACAGAACACAGAAAUAACUAAGGGAGUGGCUAUAUCAAAUAUACAGGUAUCACCAUCUGAGGAACAUAUCGAUCAGAACAACAGUCCACAGCUACCAAAUGAAAGUAACUUAUCGAGAAACUCUUUCGUACCAUCGCUGCCACCAAAGAUACAGGUACCAAAGAAAUAUGGAAUACUAAUUUCAGACCUUCCAAAACCACCACCAAGAAUGUUUCUGAGUUUGGAUAGAAAUAAUCCAAAGAAAUCGCGAGUUAACGGUGGAAGCAAAUUGAACAGAUCGCAAAGUGACAUGGGAUUCGGAGAAUUGGUUAAUGCCAACAACAUCCAAUCAACAACAAGCGAUAGUGUGUCUUCUUUGUCUGCAAUGAGUGUGGACGAUCUAGCGCAUUGGUUGAAUACUCUACACAUGAAGUGCGUGGACAAGUUUGUAGAACAUUCCAUUGAUGGAGCCAAACUAUUAAGGUCAACAGAAGAAAUAUUUCAGAGUCCAGACAUUGGAAUGUCCAAACUGGAUAUUCUGAGGUUGAAAAGGUUUAUCAGAGAACGCUGCGUUUGAAUUAUGAUUGUGCUGUAUAUUUUUACAGAUAUACGUAUUAGUUUUUAUUGAUAAAUGUACAGUUCAUAAGCGUUGAAAUAGGAGCAAACAGUUUUUCCCUGAAUGUUGUAUUUAUUAAGAUAUUUUGGCAAAACGGUAAGUAAAACAAAGUUAAUGCAAUAUCAUUAUCAAUAUGCCUGAUAAAUGUUUUCUUAAAUAAGUGAAAAUUAAAGCUAAUAAGAUCAAAUUCAAUUACGAAUUAAUUGCUAUGGACAUAUAAAUUUAGGCGAGAUUACCUAUUUUGGACAUACUACCGUCCAAUAAUCAUAUGCCUCUCCGCCCACAUAGUUUGAUAUAAACGAAUUCUUGUGGAAGUUCGACAUUUCGACAAAACAAUGUUUUUUUUAUUGUCUAAAAACUAUUCAGGGGUAUCAAAAAAGUACCAAAUUCAUGUAGAGACGUAAUUUUUAUUUUACGCAUUAUAUUCUGUUUGGAAACAUGCGAUUUUGUCAUUAUUGAUUUUUUUUAAGAAUAGGGAACAAUUUUUAUUUUUAAAAUACCAUACAUCUUGAACAGUUUUAUUUAUUUACAUUUUUAGAUCUUGUACAUGUACAUAUAGAUAUGAUAAAAAGGUAUAAAGUGAAAGAAGAUAAAAUAUUGUACAAUAAUUUAAAGCUCUUUUUUAUGUUAAUAUCUAUUUCAAAUAUAUUAUACAUAUAAUUUCUCAAAAAUGUUCUAUUAGAAUUGCACGUCCACUAAUGUAUAUGUAGAGUACUCAAUCCUUUAGCCUGUAAUGACUGUAAGCUGUAUAUGAUACUGGAUGAAAGGAAAAUAAAUGCAAAGUUUGUUUUUUGUAGAAGCGGUGAUCAGGUAUUUGAUAAUAUUUAAUAAUAGGUAUAAGUAUCCAGCAAAUACGGGCACCACGAUUGUGUCAAGCAAUCGCAAAUUGAGAUAAUGUAUCCCCGUUGAUAAUCUUAUUCUGUGAGUAUCAAAUUAUAGUAUGUACUAUGUGUCCUUGGCUCCAUCGUAUCGGAGGUGUUCUGUUUGUCGAAUGCAUUGUUUGCUUGUAUAAGUUUACAGUUUAAUUAUGCAUUUGUAUAUUGAAUAAAACUUUUUUGUACUGACAAGGACAUUAAACACAUGUAACCUAUCCACUCCCGUUCGUUAUCUUUAUAUCAUAUAUUUAUGAUAUUUGUUUUAUUUUCCCUUUGAAAAAUAUUUUAUUACGGCUUUUAUUCUUCCGCGAGAGCGUGUUUCGUCCGUCAUCUUAAGGAAAUGUCCCCAUUUUAUCUCUCACUCAAACUGGUGUAUGGUCACCGCUUGAAAUAACGUGAAAAGUAGCUCAAGGCUGACGAAAGAAUAAUAUUUUUUACACGUCGGCCGAUGACGAGAUGUGCCCUCCCAACAAGAAAGACGCACCCAGCUGAAAACGAUGACGAAGUCCGCUCAAGAAAACAGACCAAAACUAAGUGUUUCUCAAACCUAGACAUCUAUUGAUAUAGCAGGCUCCAACCAAUCGCUGUCUUAAUAGAUAUAUAUAUAAUUAUAAAUUCCCAGCGAUUUGUUAAUGAAACGUAUUUAGCUUUCUCUAUUUAAUCAACGAUCUCACACACAACAAAGGCCAUUCAUUACUGACGCCCCGUUUGUCACCAUGUCUGUUCGCUGUCUUGUAGCUUGGAUUACUAUUAUUUCGGUUUUGUCUCACACCCCGGUAAUUGGAUCUCACACAGGAAUAAGGUCAGGCAACUACCCGAUAUAUCGCAGACUCUCACCUGCCAAAGUGUCCAGUUUAUUUCCAAGUUACCUGAGGAGAAUCGCCGACCGUAAUUCCCCCCUCCCUCGUCGCCAGCGACCGCCAUUCGUGUACUCGUCACCAAAUAAAGUCCUCUUGAAGAAUGGCCCAAAAGGCCCAGUCAUCUCUAAAAAAUUCCUGAACCGAGGAUGUCCUGUGCUGAAUUGUCCUGUGAUGAGGGUUCCCUCCAGAUGCAAGGUGCCCGUUUUCUUCCGAUACAAUGGACGGUUGUGUCGUGGAUGUUAUAAAAAUGUCUGUCGGAGACAGUAUUAAGUGCAAAUACCAAAGUGUGAGUACAAUCUCGAACUAUUUAUGUGCAAAAAGUGGGCAUAAUUCUAAUGAUUGUGUGAUUCAGUCUACACGUGCAUUUUCCUGACAUUAAACUUUGUCGGAUUAAUAACAAAAUCAAAAAAAUAAUUCACCUAUCACAAAAAGACAUUAUUGUUCGAUUCAUGGACGUUGUGCCUACUUAACAUGGGAAGAAUAAUGAGUUGGUUGAUUAAAUCCAUCUUGUGGUUUCAGUUAUUAUCAGCGAUCCUUUUUUGAAAGCUGUUUAGGUGGCCAUGUCAGCAGUUAAUUAAUUGUUAUCUCGCGUCUUGAUUCAUCAUAUAUUCUAUAUCCUUCUCAAACUUUCCUGUACACCUUUAUUAACAAUUUUUAAGGUUGAGUGAACAUUGUGCGGGAGAGACACGAGUUAUCUUACCUAAAAACAAAUCCUUGGUUUUGAAAAUUCCAUUUUAAUACGAUCUCUUUUUCGGUCGGACGGAAUGAUACAUUUCUGCAAAUUUUGUGCCUCAAAUUAAUUGAGGUGAUUAAGAGAAAGUCUACAAAUGUUAAUGAAUGCCUUGAUAGGUCACAAGACCAUAGGGUGAUAAUAAUUUCUUGUCAACAUUUUUACUCUUAUUCGUUUUAUAUUUAUCUCAAUAUUUCGAACAAGUUUCUUUUUGUGUUUAUGUACAUGUAUAUUAUCAUUUAAUCACAAAAUCACUUUUUAAAACUGAUAAUAAACCAAAAUCAGAUUUUUAAAUCACUUUAGAAUUAUUUGCAUGAACAUAAAAGUGUUAGGACACAACUACGCUUUUAACUCCAUGGUCUUCAGCUCAUUGUGUGCUGACAUUUUAAGCUUUUGGAUUUUUUGUUCUUAGUUAAAUUCCUAUUUUUGUGUUUUAUAUACGUAUUGCUGUGCUUUGUUUCCCUUCAGAUGUUGGUGCUUGUAAAUAAUUUAUUUAUUGUAUUUAACGAUCUUUUCACAAAUAAAAAUGUUUUAUUCA